GACGCAAUGAUUACAAAAUUAACGCUAUCUCAUACACGGUAAACACAAAAGUACACACUAAAAUUAAACAUGGAGAGAGAAGAAGAACCCGGAGCUCCGCACACUUCCCGAAGGAUUGCACAGGUGCGGUCCGCACGGAGCAUGAUUUGCAGAGUAACUCUUCUGGAUGGAAAACUGUUCGAAACAGAUGUUGAUAAAAGAGCCGUGGGAUGUAUACUGUUUGAUAAAUGCUGCGACCAAUUGGAUGUAUUAGAAAAAGAUUAUUUUGGCUUGUCCUAUAUAGAUUCUUCAACUGGUUUGAAGAAUUGGGUUAACACAGUGAAGAAACUAUCCAAGCAGGUGAAAAGUGGUCCUUGGGAGUUCAACUUUGAAGUGAAAUUUUAUCCCCCAGAUCCCCAACAACUUCACGAGGACAUAACCAGAUAUCAGUUGUGUCUUCAGAUAAGAAGAGAUAUUGUCAGUGAGAAACUGCCGUGUUCAUUUGUGACCUACACUUUGCUAGGGUCAUACACCGUCCAAUCAGAGCUAGGUGAUUAUGACGUGGAAGAAUUUGGUCGAGGAUUGGACUAUAUCCGAAAGAUCCAGUUUGCUCCUCAUCAAGACAGAGAACUAUUGAAAAAGAUUUGCGACUUGCAUAAAACACACAAGGGACAGACACCAGAGGAAGCUGAACUUCGUUUCCUUGAAAAUGCAAAGAAACUUAGUAUGUACGGUGUGGAGCUACAUGAUGCUAAGGAUGCGGAGGGAGUUAACAUCCAGCUGGGAGUAUGUGCUACUGGUCUGCUGGUGUUCAAAGAUAAACUACAGAUCAACCGCUUCGUUUGGCCUAAGGUCCUUAAAAUGUCCUACAGGAGAAGCAAGUUUUAUAUAAAACUGCGUCCUGGAGAGUUUGAAGAUUUCCAGAGUCAAGUUGGAUUUAAGCUUGAUUCAGUAAAGCAUGCAAAAAGACUCUGGAAGAUCUGUGUGGAACACCAUUCCUUUUUCAGAUUUAGAGAAAUUGAACUUCCUAAGGCAAAGGGCACAUUCCCUCGUUUUGGGUCAAGAUUUCGCUACUCUGGACGUACACAGUUCCAGACAAAACAAGCCAUGGCAACUGUUGAUCGCCCUUCGCCCUACUUUGACCGUGUUCACAGUCGGAGGGCCACCUACCAUGGGCGACCCACAAGAAGAAAUCGUGAAGAGGUUUACCGUCCUGAGCCUCCUCGUGAUCUACCAGUCCCUCCAGAAAAACGUCCCAGGACUCCCAAUCAUGAAGAUCAAUACAUUGAAGACAAGCCUCCCAUCGAGUCAGAUCAUGAACCAGAGGAUCGGUAUGAAGAAGAAAGACAUAGUCACGAUGAACAUGAUGAAGAACCAGCAGACAGAAAAAGUAGAAUGGAAAAGAUACAUGCUGUCCAGACUCCACUGGCUGCAGUCAUGAUGGCAGCUCGGAAACAACAGGAGCAAAACAAUGUAGACCGGUCACACCAACAUAGAGAAAGCGAUGAAGACUCGGGGAGUUUGCCAGAGAAACCUCCCCUUAACGAAAGCAUGGUACGUACCUUGUCAUAUAACCAAGAACGCUUGUCUGACCCCAGGGACUUACAUCACCUAGGGUCCACUUCAACUAACAGUGUCUCAUUAGAUUCGCUUAACUCACAUCCGAAUAUCGAUUUUUUUGAAAACAACCCAGACAGUGCAAGUAAGUUGUCAAAAAAGAAGUCGGUGUCAUUUGAAGAAAAGAAAGGGUCAAGGUUUCGCAAGGGAAAAACUCCAGGUGGAAAAAAAUGGAGAAAACCUUUUGGAGUGAAGACUGGUGAUGAUAGUAUUGAAAAAGACCAACAAUACUGUCCUUCACCUUCCAAAGACCUGGAAAGUUAUGAUUGGUCAGACGAUGUUCCAAAGCUUCAGAGAUAUUUCUCUGAUUCAGAAGUGUCUUCUGAAGAAAGUAGAGAAAUCAUUUCUGAACCAAGAUCAGUUAAACUUGAAUCGAGUAGAAGCAAAACACAAAAAAGCAACCAUUUUUCAUCAGAAUCGCCAAGAGAUCACCCCUCUACACAAUCAAUCAAUUAUACACCACACAAUAAAAGUGUACCUCAGUUAUUGGUAGGUAAGCAAGAAUCACCCAUACAUAAAACUGUCCCAACAGUUUAUGUAAAUGAAGAACAGGUACACCCAGAGAGAACCAAAUCACUUGAUGAAUCAGAAAUUGUGAGACAUCACAGUUUAGAUUUAGAGGAGACCAACAUUACUACACCAUCCAGAUUGGCCUAUUCUUACAGCUCUUCUUCCUCUGAUUCAGACACAGAUGUUUUCACAUCCCUCGUAUCUUUAGAUGACUCUAAACUUUUCUCUGUCGCAAAAAUAACAUCAGAUUUAGAUAACUUUAAUGACGAGAACACUGCUCCACCUUUACCUAAAACUGCAAUCCCUAGCAAAAUCACGGUAGGUGAGGACAUAGAUGAUUCACCAUUUGUAGAUGCAGUCCAAGAUUUAAACGAGACAUGCAAGAAAGAUGAUUACAAGGAGAAAGUCAUCAAGAAAGAAACAGAAUUAGACAGUCUUUGUAGUUCCUCCACUCCAGAUCUUCAGCAGAGAAGACACAUUGAAGUAGCAGAUCGAGUGAUCCCUGAAAAAGUAAAAUAUAGAAAUUUGGAAACAUCACUGAUGCUAGAAAGGAAAUUUGAAGAAACACCAGUAGAUGAUAAUUUUGAGGAUUUUAAUAGAAAUUGUAAGGAAUCUUUGGAGGACAGUGACUUCAUACCAAGGUCAAAGGAAACCUCCAUCGAUGAUGUCAGAUCAAGGACAAAGGAAACUUCCAUUGAUGGUAUUGUUCCAAGGUCAAAGGAAACCUCCAUUGAUGAUGUCAGAUCAAGGACAAAGGAAACUUCCAUUGAUGGUAUUGUACCAAGGUCAAAGGAAACCUCCAUUGAUGGUAUUGUUCCAAGGUCAAAGGAAACCUCCAUUGAUGAUUUUGUACCAAGGUCAAAGGAAACCUCCAUUGAUGAUAUCAUACCAAGGUCAAAGGAAACUUCCAUUGAUGAUUUUGUACCAAAGUCAAAGCAAACCUCCAUUGAUGAUAUCAUACCAAGCUCAAACAAAACCUCCAUUGAUGUUAUUGUACCAAGGUCAAAGGAAACCUCCAUGGAUGACUUCGUACCAAGGUCAAAGGAAACCUCCAUUGAUGGUAUUGUACCAAGGUCAAAAGAAACCUCCAUUGAUGGUAUUGUUCCAAGGUCAAAGGAAACCUCAAUUGAUGAUUUUGUACCAAGGACAAAGGAAACUUCCAUUGAUAGUAUUGUACCAAGGUCAAAGGAAACCUCCAUUGAUGAUAUUGUACCAAGGUCAAAGCAAACCUCCAUUGAUGAUUUUGUACCAAGGUCAAAGGAAACCUCCAUUGAUGGUAUUGUACCAAGGUCAAAGGAAACAUCCAUUGAUGAUUUUGUACCAAGGUCAAAGGAAACAUCCAUUGAUGAUUUUGUACCAAGGUCAAAGGAAACUUCCAUUGAUGAUUUUGUACCAAGGUCACAGGAAACCUCCAUUGAUGAUUUCAUAUCAAGGUCAAAGGAAACCUCCAUUGAUGUUAUUGUACCAAGGUCAAAGGAAACCUCCAUUGAUGAUAUUGUACCAAGGUCAAAGGAAACCUCCAUUGAUGAUAUUGUACCAAGGUCAAAUGAAAUCUCCAUUGAUGUCAUUGUACCAAUGUCAAAAGAAACCUCCAUUGAUGAAUUUGUACCAAGGUCAAAUGAAAUCUCCAUUGAUGUCAUUGCACCAAUGUCAAAAGAAACCUCCAUUGAUGAAUUUGUACCAAUGUCAAAGGAAACCUCCAUUGAUGAUAUUGUACCAAGGUCAAAUGAAAUCUCCAUUGAUGUCAUUGUACCAAUGUCAAAAGAAACCUCCAUUGAUGAAUUUGUACCAAUGUCAAAGGAAACCUCCAUUGAUGACAUUGUACCAAGGUCAAAGGAAACCUCCAUUGAUGAUAUUGUACCAAGGUCAAAGGAAACAUCCAUUGAUAAUUUUGUACCAAGGUCAAAAGAAACUUCCAUUGAUGGUAUUGUUCCAAGGCCAAUGGAAACCUCCAUUGAUGGUAUUGUUCCAAGGUCAAAGGAAACCUCCAUUGGUGGUAUUGUUUCAAGGUCAAAAGAAACAUCUGUAGAUGAUGUCAGACCAAGGCAAAAGGAAACAUCACUUGUCAGCAUCAUGUCAAGUUCAAAAGAAUCCCAUUUUAUACCAGAGAUUAUGUCCUCUAUGCCAAGGGAAAUAUCAAGAGAUGAAGCGGUGGCAAAGACUAAACCCAAAAAAGGGAAACCAAUAACAUCAGAUGAUAACCAAGGAAUUGAAGACAGGUCUAGAGAUAAAGACACUUCAUUUCAGGAAGCACUUGAUAAAUUUGGAUGUAACAUCAAAGACUCUAAUGAAGUUUGUGUUACUGAUGUUAGACCAGACAUACCCAUGAAAAAGAACCCCUAUUUUACGCUAGAUCAAUCUAUGGAAGAAGGUAAGCAAUCUAAUACAACAUUUACAGACAAAGACAAAGAUAAGAAAAGUGCACCUGUAAAUUCAUCAUAUGAUGGUAUGAGGCAGGAAAUACCAUUGAAGAAAAAUCCUAAUUAUAAGGAAAUGCCAAGAAUUUCACCUAGUAAUGAUGCAUCUAAAUCUGAUCUUGUAGAAAAGAAAUCACAUAAACAGUUUAAAGAUUGGCUGGCAUACACAUAUUCCUUGGAAGAAAAAAGUGUCACAUCACCAAACUUGAAAGUUUCUAGUAAAGAAUGUUCUAAAGAACCAGGAAGUCAUAGCACAGGAAGAGAAACACGUCUCCAACCGGAAGUUGAUUGGAGAGAUUCUUACUUGUCAUACACUCACAAGGAAACUUGGUCAGAGAAGAAGAAAGAUAUUACAGUCCCAUUAGAGGAAACACUGGCGAUUUCUCCCUCUUCCAUACAAGUGAAAAGGUCAGGUGCUCCAAAGGUAGGCAGACAAUAUACAGGUGACAAUGUGUUUGUGAUGGAGGAAAAGCCUGUGACUGAUUUAUCUGAUGUUCUUAAAGUAGAGUCAUCCAGGAUGACUAAGGUAGAAUCUCUUAAGAAGAGAAAUAAUCAGGAUGUGAAGUCUGCAGGGCAGCCAGAUUUUACAAGUCCCUCUACUUCUCCAGCCAUCACUAAAGAAACAAGGUCAGAGAAUCAGGAUUCAGGGUUGAAAAGGUCAAACUCAAUCAGGAAAGGUCUUGGUGUUCAGACAAAUGGUUCUUUAAUGAGAAGACAUAGCUCAGGUCAGGAAUCCAAUUUAGAAGAUAGUUUUAAAUCAGGUUUGCCAGCUAGACCUCGAAGCAUUGAGGUAUGUGAGAAUAUAAAGAUUGGUGUUGAUGGUUAUGAUGAUGACGAGGAUGUUUUGAACAGAAGCUUUAAUUGUGGUGUCAUGAUCAAGAGGAAAUUUGACACAAGUCCUUCUAUGAAGAAAGAUGGCAAAAGAAAACAGUCUGACCAGCUGAAAGCUACAGACACAGUCGGCAGUGAUGACUUUCGAAAAAGCAGAAAAAAUAUUGAAAAAUUAGUGGAUGACAUUAUGAUGGAAAUGUCAGAGGUCAGAGGUGAGGAAUCCCAGAAUUCAACAGUAGGUGGUGUUGUGAACAAUGCAGAUUUGCACUCCAAACCAACAGGAGCCAGUUGUGAUCCUGUACAUAGAACAGCACCCACACCACAUGUUUUUGACAGUGAAUGCAAAACAAUGGCAGGACAAGUUGGAAAGUCAGAUGAGAAAGUAAAAUUAGUGGAUGAGAUUCAGGUGAUGGACUUUUUCACUGAGGCACGUACAUUGCCUCAAAGUGAACAAAAAUAUCCAUAUAUGGAUAGAUUAUCUAAAGACCCUGUAGAAAUCAAACAGGACAACGAACCAGUUCUAGCAGCAAAUGGAAAGUUGAAAUCCAUGCCAUCUUUUACAACACCAAAUCAAGAUGUUAAGGCAAACUAUACAGACAAAGUAUCUACUGCUAAAGAAAAGACUCCUUAUGGUAUAGACAAGACACCUAUCACAGACAAGACACCUACCACAGACAAGACACCUUCCACAGAGAAGACACCUAUCACAGACAAGACACCUACCACAGACAAGACACCUACCACAAACAAGACACCUACCACAGACAAGACACCUACCACAGACAAGACACCUAUCACAGACAAGACACCUACCACAGAGAAGACACCUAUCACAGACAAGACACCUACCACAAACAAGACACCUACCACAGACAAGAUACCAACUGGUAAAGACAUAAACUCCAAUAGGAAAGACAUUACACCUACUAAUACUGAUGAGACACCUACUGGUAAAGACACCACAUCUACAAGUAAAGAUAAUACACCCACUAUCACAGACAAAACAUCUGCCACAGAAAAGACACUUACUGAUAAAGACAAAACACCUCCAAGUAAAGGUAAGAUACUUACUGAAAAAGAAAAGACACCUACCACAGACAAGACAUCUAGCACAGAAAAGACACCUACUGAUAAAGACAAGACACCUCCUAGUAAAGGUAAGAUACUUACUGAAAAAGAAAAGACACCUACCACAGACAAGAUACCAACUGGUAAAGACAUGACCUCUGAUAGGAAAGACAAGACACCUACUAGUACUGAUGAGACACCUACUGGUAAAGACAGGACACCUACUAGUAAUGAUAAGACACCUGCUAACACAGAGAUAACAUCUGCCACAGGAGAGAUGCUUACACCCACAGAGAACAUGUGUACUGGUACAAACAUAGGACUGACUAGUAAAAACAAGCCAGAUUCUAACAGUAGUAAAGAGCCUGUUGAAUGUGGUGCUGAUCUCGGUGAUAAAGCUAAGGAUAACCUUGCAUUAAAUCAUUAUGGAAAGUUGAAACUGGAAGGAAAUACAAAAGUCAAGGAUUAUGUACCUGAAAAUGAAGAGAUAAUGCCCACACAUCAGUCUACAUCUGACUACCAACACAUGGUUCCACUAGUGGAAACAAAAAGUAAGCUGUAUGGCUUAGCAAAGCCAUAUCCAGGUACUGGAUUAAUUUCUGAAUCAGCAUCUAGUUAUCAACUGACAGACCAAGUACCACAUUAUCCUACAGAUCAAACAGUGGCUGCCACUAAACACCUAGGAAAGAUUGGUUCUACAGAAGUCCAGAAGGAAUCCAACAAUGGCAAAAAGCUGAAUGCAGACGGCACACAAUGUUCCCCAUCUUCAUCAGAAAACUUGAAAAAGUACAUUCCAGAUGUAGCCCCUCUAACAGGGGCCAAAGGCGAUAUAAUGGAUAAGAGUGAUACAGACUCGGAGUUUGGUGAGGAAUUUGUGUUGAAAAGACACAGUUCCAAACAGGAAGUGUCAUCAGAGUUUCCUGAAACACCAUUACGUCGGACAUGGAACUCUGAAAUGAGUUUGUCGUUAGGUGACAGGUAUUCUGUCAAGCCAAGAGCUAUUAAAUUUGAUCCCUCUAUGAGACUUAAGGAGAGAGGAACAUACAGUGUUAAUCCUAAAUUGAAACUCACAACCUUGAAAACAAGACCUAAUACAGCUGACAGUUUACGUGAAAGGAUAAAGAGUGGGAAAGCCCCCGUUAGGACACCGGACUUUUACCUGAGUCUUGUGUCACCAGCAUUAUACUCAAGGUCCAAGGUACAACCAGGGGGAAAACCAGAGGAAGAAAAAGGCUCGAUAUUGGAGACCGCGAACGUGAAAAAUACAGUGGUGGAACCAAUACAGGAAGUAGAAGAAUCCUUUGUACAUGAUGAGCAACAAGAUCAGGUGUCAUCAACAGUAUCGAGUGUAUCAUCAGAAUUGAAGUGUGAAGCCCAUACUAAACUUAAUGCUGAUCCCAGUGGUAAACUUCAUACCGCAUCUCAAAAGUUAGAAGAGGAAGAGCUUAAGAGGAAAAUAACAGUACCAGUUCCUUCUCUUGAGGAACCAUUACUCUGUAAGCCUGAAGGUGAAGCAGAAAGUCUUUCAGGAUCAGCAGAAAAGAAACAACCAGAUGAAGAAAAUAAACAUACUGCAGUUCAUUCGUAUAUACAGGACAUCAUUUCCAGCAGUUGUGACACUUUAAGGAAAGCUGCUACUGACAGCAAUGAUCCAUUACCUACCCUAACUGAUGUUUCAAUAACACAAACUGAAAGUCAACCAUUCAGUCCAUGUGUAUCGCUUGAUCCAUCAACACAGGCACAAAAAUCUGGGGAAUCGGGUACAGCGUUACCUACUAGUACAGACAGGGAGGGGAGCACAGGAAAACAGCUGGGAGAGAGUGACACAUCAGGCAAGGAGGAGGAUAAAGGCAAUCAGGGGUACACAAAACAACGUAGUAUAUCAGGAGCAGUAGCAGACCAGUCUGAAGGACAAUUAUUACAAGCAGGUAGUCAACAAUGUAGCAAUGGUAAUUAUGAAAAUCUGCCACAAGUUCAAAGUGAUAGAGCUUCAACUGGCCACGAGGGCACUUCUGUACCAGAUGAGAUACCUGUUAGGGCUCUGUUGGACGAUCCAGAUAGUUCUUUACAUCAUCAGAUGUUUUCUUCACAUUCUUCUGACAGUCUCUCAUCUUCACAUGUAAGUACACCAAUGUCAUCAACAUCAUCACUACUGUUAUCUACAACCAGUACAACACAGCCUUCACAUAGAUCAUCCACUAUACCAUCCUCUACAACAGAGCAGAAGCCUUCCCGCCAACCAUCUGCACCUUGCCCUAAUGUUUAUACACCAUUGUCAUCCUCGUUACCACAUGCAUCUCAAAAUUCUUCAGCAUCAUUAUCCCAUCCCUCAGCUCUAAAAUCUUCCUCCUCCCAGCCUGUUGGUGGUAAACAUGUUGUUUGGGCGGACGAGUCUGAUUGUUCUGUUUCUAGAAAUGACGGAAUGUCAGCAAAUCAGAAUCGUUCCUUUGAUAGUUCAGAGGGUCCUGUUAGUAAAACAAUCGCUAGAGGUGCUAACAAACAAGACGAAAAACCAUUGAACAAUAACAAAUUGCAAGAAAAAGUCAAUAGAGAGUUUCUAGAUGAUGUUAACAAUACUGGUGCUGCUGGUAGAGACAAUUUAGAUGGAAGAGAUUCAGAUCUUUGUCAGGACACUAAGGAAGAAACAGAGGCCCCAAAAACUGUGCUACACCUUCUUACAGAAGUCAUGGUGCUCUUACUUGUUUGGAUGGUCUCAAUCUUCAUUCUGUCAUAUGACCUGUCCACAGGAUUCUAG